AUGGAGCCUCCCGCCCUCGCCGCCGUCCUGGCCUUCUCCGGGCUGGCGCUGAGCUGCUGCCGGGAGCCCGUCCUGUCCGAAUGCUACACAGCCAACGGGGCUGACUACCGUGGCACUCAGAACCAGACCUCCCAAUAUGCAGGGAAACCUUGUCUUUAUUGGAACGAGACAUUUGAGCAUCCUUACAAUACUGUGAAAUAUCCCAAUGGGGAGGGAGGGCUUGGAGAGCACAACUACUGCAGAAACCCUGAUGGGGAUGUCAGCCCAUGGUGCUAUAUUGCAGAACAUGAAGAUGGAAUAUACUGGAAAUACUGUGAGAUCCCAUCCUGCAGAAUGCCAGGAAAUCUGGGCUGUUACAAGGACCAUGGGGAGCCACCACCCCUGACUGGCACCAGCGAGACCUCCAACAAGCUCACCAUCCAGACGUGCAUCAGCUCCUGCCGCAGCCAGCAGUUCAAGUUUGCAGGCAUGGAAUCAGGUUAUGCUUGCUUCUGUGGAAAUAAUCCUGACUACUGGAGAUACGGGGAGGCAGCCAGCACGGAAUGCAACAGUGUUUGCUUUGGAGACCACACUCAGCCCUGCGGUGGGGAUGGCAGAGUCAUUCUUUUUGACACCCUUAUUGGUGCCUGUGGAGGGAAUUACACUUCUGCUACAGCUGUCAUCUAUUCCCCAGAUUUCCCUGACACAUAUGGCACAGGCAAAGUCUGUUAUUGGACCAUACAAGUUCCAGGAGCAUCUCAAAUCCACUUCACCUUUGUCCUUUUUGAAAUCAAGGAUGCUACAGAUAUGGUGGAAUUGCUGGAUGGUUACACCUACCACGUUCUGGCUCGUUUUAAUGGCAAGAACAAGCCUCCCCACACCUUUAACAUCUCUUUGGAUUUUGUAAUUUUGUACUUUUUCUCAGAUGACAUCAAUCAAGCCCAGGGAUUUGCUAUCAGGUAUAGAGCUGUGAAGGACAAUGUGCACCAAAACAAGAUCCCAGUGAAUCACACCCUUCCAGAGAGGACAAAUGAGCAAGCAAAUCUCAGCAUCAAUGCAGCCCGGUCAUCAAAGAUCCUCUAUGUCAUCACAACCAGCCCAAGCCAUCCUACCAGCUCCAUGCCUGAAUGGACAAUAUACAGCCUUGCAGCACUGCUCAUCCUGAGUGCCACAGCCAUAAUAGCAAAGAUACUUCUGCACGUUACCAUGAGGUCCCACCAGAUUCCAGCUGCAGCUGAAACAGAGGAUUGCAGUGAUGUCACUACUGCUGGUGAGAUCUGGAGUAUAUUUUACCAACCAUCCACAUCCAUAUCCAUCUUCAAGAAAAAGCUUCGAAAUCAACAAGAUGAUUGCAACCCUCUGGUGGGAGACUGA